CGUCACGAGGCGACCACACUCAUGCACCCGCGGCAGACUGCGAACCGUAUGUAAACGUGCCGAUCAUCCGGACUCACAGUGACAUGAACAUAAAUCAGUGCUGGUGAUUAUUAUUAUUUAUUUUUGUAUUCGCAAUAAUAAAUAAACCUUUGCCGUUUUUUGUCGUGAAUAGAAAAAAAAAAAACAUUUCCUCGCAUAUGUUUGCACCGAAAAUGACAAUCGAGAAUGUUAGAUUGUAUCAUCAAUAAUAAAUAACCCUUUGCCGAUUUUUUUUGGUGAAUAGAAAAAAAAAUUGAAAAAAAAUAAAACAUUUCGUCGCGUAUGUACGUACGUAUGUAUGCACCGAAAAUGACAAUCGAGAAUGUUAGAAGCGCAGUGCUCCGUCGGUGAGCGGUGUGCUGGCUUCCGCGCUAUCGGCAGUCAAGAUAUCGAAGGGCGCGCGGGUCGGCGGCGGCGGCGGCAUGGUGCUAGAGGGCGGGCUGCCGGCGCCGCUACAACUGUAUGCGGCGGCCGCGGCGCAGCUCGCUCCCCGACCGCCUUGGCCACCCUUCCUACCCUUUUUCGGUGUACCUCCACCGUUCCUGGCAAGACCAAGACUACCACAUCCGCUACCUACAAGAGCUCCACACGGACCGCCCAGCGAAGACUCCAACGAGGACGGAGGAAGCAGUAAAGGUGGGGUAGGAGAUGAUGAUGGCGACAGCGGAAAGAGAAGACGGUCACGCACUAACUUCAACUCGUGGCAGCUGGAGGAACUGGAGCGAGCCUUCCUGGCGUCCCACUACCCUGACGUGUUCAUGCGAGAGGCGCUCGCCAUGAGGCUGGACCUCAAGGAGAGCAGAGUCGCUGUGUGGUUCCAAAAUCGGAGAGCGAAAUGGCGUAAGAAGGAGCAUACAAAGAAAGGGCCGGGGCGACCUGCCCACAACGCGCAUCCUCAAUCCUGCUCUGGAGAGCCUAUCCCUCCACACGAACUUCGAGCCCGUGAACGGGCGCGCAGGAGGAAGAAGCUGGCCAAGGCUCUGGACCGGCAGGCCAGGAAGCUCAGAGCCAAGGGCAUCGCCGUCGAUCUAGAGGCUUUGAAGUCCGAAUACUUAGCGCAACACAGGAACACCGGCGUCUACUCGGACUCCGAUGACGGAGAGGGCGAGGACAGCAUGAUCGACGUCGUCGGAGGAGAUUCCUGUCACGAUUCCGGCCCUGAAGAUUUUUCUCUUUCCGGCAGAAUCCGCGCGCCUUCUGGUGCCGACGGCAUGAACAACUCGGACAGCUCGGCGUCGGACGCUCAUUCGACGAGGAAUUACAGUCCGGGCCCGGAUCCUCAGGCUUCGUUCUUCAAGAGCUUCACGAGUGUCGGUGCGAACUUCGAAAAGUUUGACUUCGAUUCGGGGAGGGCCGUGUCCUUAGAUUUGAGCGGCGGCGGAGGCACGUCGACCGAACAAGACUUAUCGAAAAAUGGUGGGACGCGAAAACACAAUCCCUUUAGCAUAGAAUCGUUGCUUAACACGUGAAAAUGACUUGUGCACAUAGAGGCUUAUGUAUUUGUGUAUCAGUGACUGAUCGGAAGUUGUCGCUCGUUCAGUGAGUAAACAGAUUUAUCAUUAGUUGUAACCGGCUUCAGUAAAGACUUGGUACAGUUGACAUAUCCAGUGUGAAUAUUAGACGUAGGAACCGUGUAUUAUAUAGUGUGUAGUGUAAAUAGUCUGUCUUCUCUUCUUUUUUGUUAAUUAAAAUAACUUAAUAUAUUUAUUUCUUUUUACAUUCUGGGGCAAUAAUUUUGUAGAUCAUGUUUUUUUUUUCAUAUUUUAUUACUUGACUUUUAGAAAAGUCGAACUGAUAAGACUCAUGUCGUCAUUAAUAUUAAAAUAAAUCAUAUGAUUGAUUUGAAAUUUUUAGCGCUACCCUUAAAUUUAUCAUAUUUAUUUUUACAAUUCAUUGCAUUAUCAUUCAUCAUACAAGUUUUACUUACAUAUGCUACAUGAUGACAAUAUAUACUAUAACGUAACAUACACAAGAAUUUAUAAGUGCAUUUAUAUUAUUUUAAUGUUAUUUCAGUUCCAUGUCGUGACUUCAU